CACCAGGUGUGGAGCUUGCACAGAGCCAGGCAGGACACACAGCCCCAACUCUUCUCCCGUCGUCGCCAUGGGGCACAGCCUCUGCAGCCCCCUCCUCCUGCUCCCCUUCUUGUGCCUGGGCCUCUUGUCCGCAGGUGUGAAGCCACAGCCUGCUGCUAAGCCCCAAUCCCCCUGUCCUCUGGAGGGAGUGGACAUCAAAGGGGGCUCCUACCGACUUCUCAGGGGGGGCCGGGUGCUGGAAUACGAGUGUCCCUAUGGCUUCUACGCCUACCCUGUGGAGGCCCGCACCUGCAGCAGCACAGGGCUCUGGAGCGCCCUGAAGACUCACGACGAAAAGAUCGUCAAGAGAGCCGAAUGCAGAGCCAUUCGCUGCCCAAGACCACAGGACUUUGAGAAUGGGGAGUACUGGCCCCAGGCCUCCUACUACAACUUGAGUGACCAGCUUCAUUUCCACUGCUACGACGGGUACACUCUGCGGGGCUCUGCCAAUCGUACCUGCCAAGCGAAUGGGCGGUGGGAUGGGCAGACCACCAUCUGCGACAAUGGAGCAUCGUACUGCUCCAACCCGGGCAUCCCGAUUGGCAUGAGGAAGGAGGGCAGCCAGUACCGCCUUGAAGACAGCGUCACCUACUACUGCAGCCGGGGACUCACUCUGCUCGGCUCCCAGCGGCGCACAUGCCUGGAAGGCGGCUCUUGGAGCGGGACGGAGCCUUCCUGCCAAGACUCCUUCAUGUACGACAGACCUGAAGAGGUGGCCGAAGCUUUCCUGUCUUCGCUGACCGAGACCAUUGAAGGAGUGGAAGCUGAGGAUGGGCACAGCCCAGGGGAGCAACAGAAAAGGAAGAUUGUCCUGGACCCCUCGGGCUCUAUGAACAUCUACCUGGUGCUGGAUGGAUCAGACAGUGUCGGGGCUGAUAACUUUACGCGGGCCAAGAAUUGUCUCAAAGCCUUCAUCGAAAAGGUGGCCAGUUAUGGGGUGAAGCCCAGAUACGGUCUCCUGACCUAUGCUACAUACUCUAAUGUCUUGAUCCGAGUGGCGGACGAACAAAGCAGCGAUGCAGACUGGGUGACAAAAACUCUCGAUAAAAUCAACUAUGAAGAUCACAAACUGAAGUCAGGGACGAAUACCAAGAGGGCCCUGCAGGCUGUGUAUAGCAUGAUGACCUGGUACACGGAACACCACCCUAACUGGAACCGCACCCGCCAUGUCAUCAUCCUCAUGACAGACGGCCUACACAACAUGGGUGGGGACCCAGCCCCCAUUAUUCAAGAUAUCCGGAGUCUCCUGGAAAUUGGCAUUAACAACAAAAAAACCAGGGAAGAUUAUCUGGAUGUCUAUGUGUUUGGAGUUGGGCCUCUGGUGAACGAAGAGAACCUUAAUGCUUUAGCUUCGAAGAAGGAUGGAGAAAAACAUUUGUUCAGAGUUAAGGACAUGGAAAAUCUGGAGAAUGUCUUUUACCAAAUCGUUGAUGAAUCCAGGACUCUGGGUCUCUGUGGCAUGGUUUGGGAGCACAAGACGCAGCUCGAGAAGCAACCAUGGCACGCCAAGAUCUCAGUGACUAGUUCAAAGGGACAUGAGCAAUGCAUGGGGGCCGUGGUGUCCGAGUACUUUGUGCUGACGGCAGCACACUGCUUCACGGGGGAGAUCCAGAAACAUCACGUCACAGUCAGCGUGGGAGGAAAGGGGGGCCUGCAGAUAGAAGCAGUUCUGGUUCACCCCAACUAUGACAUCAAUGGGAAAAAAGCACAAGGUAUCCCUGAAUUUUACGACUAUGAUGUAGCCCUGGUCAAGCUUGAGAGGCGGCUCACAUAUGGAGAGACUGUCAGGCCCAUUUGUCUCCCCUGCACAGAAGCAACAAAUCAAGCAUUGAGGCUUCCUCUGACGACCACAUGCCAGCAACAGAAGAAAGAGCUGCUCCCUGUUCAGGAUGUCAAAGCUCUAUUUGUGUCUGAGAACAAGCAGAAGCUGGUUCGAAAGGAGGUCUACAUCAAGCACGGCGAGAAAAGAGAAGAAUGCGAGAGGGGUGCUAAAUUCGCCCCAGGCUAUGAAAAGAUCAAGGACGUCUCUGAAGUGGUCACCCCCAGGUUCCUCUGCACUGGAGGGCUGUCUCCAUUCGCGGACCCCAACACUUGCAGAGGUGAUUCUGGUGGCCCCCUGAUUAUUCACAAGAGGAGUCGCUUCAUUCAAGUUGGUGUGAUCAGCUGGGGAGUAGUGGAUGUCUGCAAAGAGAAGAGGGUGCCGGGGGAGAAAGCUCAACACGCCCGAGACUUUCACCUCAACCUCUUCCAUGUGCUUCCCUGGCUCAAGGAGAAACUCAAAGAUGAGGAUUUGGGCUUUCUCUGAGGGGUUUUCUGUUGGAACAGAAAUU